AGAGAGGAUUAGUUUAUGUUUAGGGUGUAAAAGUUCAUUUCCAGGAACGAGGAAAUAAAGAAAGAUCCCUACUUUCUCCUCCUCCUCCUCCUCCUCCUCCUCUACUAACCUUCCCCAAGAACAUCCAGAGAGAAAGAGGGAGAGAGGGAAAGAUGAGAGAGGUGAUCAGCAUCCAUAUUGGGCAAGCAGGGAUUCAGGUGGGAAAUGCUUGUUGGGAGCUUUACUGCCUUGAACACGACAUUCAUCCCGAUGGAAUGAUGCCCGGUGACACCUCGGUAGGUGUAGCACAUGAUGCUUUUAAUACCUUCUUCAGCGAGACUGGUUCAGGCAAGCAUGUGCCCAGAGCUAUAUUUGUUGAUCUGGAACCCACUGUCAUUGAUGAAGUUAGAACUGGAACAUACAGACAACUUUUUCAUCCGGAGCAGCUAAUUUCUGGGAAAGAAGAUGCUGCUAAUAAUUUUGCCAGGGGACACUAUACAGUUGGGAGGGAAAUUGUUGAUAUUUGCCUAGACCGGCUGAGAAAAUUAGCUGACAAUUGCACUGGUCUGCAAGGAUUUUUGCUGUUCAAUGCUGUUGGAGGUGGCACUGGUUCUGGUUUAGGUUCGUUGCUUAUGGAGCGUCUGUCUGUAGAUUAUGGAAAGAAGUCAAAACUUGCCUUCACCAUCUAUCCUUCUCCUCAGGUUUCUACAGCUGUUGUGGAACCUUACAAUAGUGUCCUUUCCACUCAUUCUCUCCUUGAGCACACUGAUGUUUCCGUGCUUCUGGACAAUGAAGCUAUAUAUGAUAUCUGCAGGAGAUCUUUAGACAUCGAAAGACCAACAUAUACCAACUUGAAUCGCUUAAUAUCCCAAAUUAUCUCUUCUUUAACCACCUCCUUGAGAUUUGAUGGUGCCAUUAAUGUGGACAUUACAGAAUUUCAGACAAAUCUAGUUCCAUAUCCUCGUAUCCAUUUCAUGCUCUCAUCUUAUGCACCAGUUAUCUCAGCUGCAAAGGCUUAUCAUGAGCAGCUAUCAGUUCCUGAGAUCACAAGCUCUGUCUUUGAACCCUCAAAUAUGAUGGCAAAAUGUGAUCCAAGACAUGGGAAAUACAUGGCGUGCUGUUUAAUGUAUCGUGGAGAUGUGGUGCCUAAGGAUGUCAAUGCUGCUGUUGCUUCCAUCAAGACAAAGCGCACAGUUCAGUUUGUUGAUUGGUGCCCAACUGGGUUCAAAUGUGGUAUCAACUACCAGCCACCAACAGUGGUACCUGGUGGUGACCUUGCCAAGGUGCAGCGUGCCGUUUGUAUGAUCAGCAACAACACAGCCGUGGCUGAGGUUUUCUCCCGAAUUGACCAUAAGUUUGAUCUCAUGUAUGCCAAGCGGGCAUUUGUUCAUUGGUAUGUAGGUGAAGGCAUGGAGGAAGGUGAAUUCUCAGAAGCACGUGAGGAUCUUGCUGCCCUCGAAAAAGACUAUGAGGAGGUUGGUGCUGAUGGUACCGAGGAGGAAGAACCAGAAGAUUACUAGUAGUAAUCAUUUGAAGGUAGCAGAAGCUGUUUACCAAUUCGUCCUCAUCUUUGUGGAUGUGUUUUUCUAUCCUGUGUAUUUCCACGAUUCUUUCUUUGCAACGCUAUCUAUAAUUCGGGUCCACCUCUUGUGUUUUGGCUCUGUGCUUAAACUAGUUAGCCAAGUACGAUAACUUGUUUGUAUUCUUGAUCAACUGAAUCAAGCAUUUGAAUGGAAAA